AUGGCCUGUUUGAUACGUUUACUGUCCGUUCUUAUCAUAGGGGUCGUUGUUGUAAACGCAGAUAGACCUUGCCAGUGCAGAAAUAGUUGUAAACAUGAUGAACAAAAAGUAGCGCAUUGUAGCAAAAAGAAUGGCGGUGGAAUACUUUGUUGUCCCAGUCUAUUUGGACCAGGAGCACUAACACGUGUUUCUGGAUAUGAUACAAAGAUGGUAUUUCCAUUUACAGCACGAAAAAACUAUCGACGACUAAGUUUUGACGAAGUUUAUGGGAGUAACAAUGGAGGCGGCUAUGGUGGUUAUGGUAACAGUGGUGGCAGUUCAAGCUACGGCUACGGAUCAGGAAAUGGUGGCGGUUCCGGUUACGGUUAUGGAUCAUAUGGAUCAGGGAAUGGCGGCGGUUCCGGAUACAGCGACAGUUCUACUUAUAGCUAUUUGAAUAACGGAAACAGUGGUGGAUAUGGCCAGGGAAAGAAUGGUGGUGGAAACGGUUAUGCUAGUGACGGAUACGGAUAUACAGGUGGAAAUGGUGGGUAUAGUGGUGAUAAUUAUGGCAAGACAGACAGUUAUGGCGAAGUAAGCGUUAGUUAUGGUGGUGGUAGUUCUGGCGGUAAAGGAAGUAAUGGCGGAUAUAGUUAUGGCUAUGGUGGUUAUAAUAACGGCGGUGUUAGCGUUAGUUAUGGUAGUGGUAGUUCUGGCGGUAAAGGAAGUAAUGGCGGAGAUAGUUAUGGCUAUGGUGGUUACAAUAACGGCGGAGUUAGCAUGGGCUAUGGUGGUGGUAACAUUGGAGGUAAAGGAAGUAAUUCCGGCAGCAGUUUUGUUGUCAUUGGCGGUGGUAACAACAAUGGGGGUUAUGAUAACGGCGGAGUUGGAAUGAGCAUGGGGUAUACUGGUGGUAAUAUUGGAGGUAAAGGAAGUAAUGGCGGGUACAGUAAUGGCGGAGACAGUUAUGGCUAUGGUGGUUAUAAUAACGGCGGAGUUAGCGUUAGUUAUGGUGGUGGUUAUUCUGGUGAUAAAGGAAAUAAUGGCGGAGAUAGUUACGGUUAUGGUGGUUAUAGUAACGGCGGAGUUAGCAUGGGCUAUGGUGGUGGUGUUUCUGUCAGCAGAGGUUAUGGUGGAGAUAGCUAUGGGAAUGGUGGCGAGAGCUAUGGUUAUGGUGGCGGUAAUAGUGGAAAUAAAGGCAGUAAUGCCGGAAAUAGUGUUGUCUUCAUUGGCGGUGGUAACAACAAUGGUUACGGUGGUAAUAGUGGAAUUAGUUACGAGGAUUCUAAAAGAAGAGCAGGAGGAGGUGGAGGUGGACGAGGAGGAAAAGGAGGAUUUAUUGGUGGCGGUAGUCAACAGAACUAUGGCUAUGGAUACCAAGAAUCCUCUGGUGGUAAAGGAAGUGCUAGUUACAGCAGUCCUGUUUACAUGAUAACAAAUUCUGGCGGGAAAGGAGGGUAUUGA